AUGUCUAACUAUCUAUCUGUUAUAACACGUGUCUGUUCUUAUUUCUUUUAUAACACGUGUCUGUUCUUAUAUAUUACUUUUUUUUCUAUUACGCUCAUUAUUGUGAUUUCUUUAUUUUUUCUUGCUUUUUCUUUCUUUCUUUCUUUCUUUUUCUUUCUUUCUUUCUUUCUUUCUUUCUUUCUUUGCUUCUUCAUUGCUUUGUUCUAUGAUAACUAUAUUUCUUUCUUUCUUUCCUUCUUUCUGUCAUCGUUAAAUUUCUUUCUUUCUUUCUUGAACGUUUUCUUUGUUCCUUUACUCCUCUGUUCUGCGAUAACAUUUUUCACUCUUUAUUUUUAUAUUUCUCUCAAUAAUUCUUUCCAUUAUUGUUAUAUUGCUUCUUCAUUCCUUUACCAAAUCAUAAUUGUUUUCGUUCUUUUACUCCCACUUUCUUUAAUUCUUUAUUUUCAAAAAUCUUUCUUUCAGUUGACUUUCUUUCAUUCAUAA